AUGGCCAUCACAGAAAUGUGGUGGGACAAUUCUCAUGCUGUCGACUUCUUCAACCAGAUCAAUACGCUGUAUAAAACCAUUAUGGACUUCUGCACAGAGGAGUACUGCCCUGUAAUGUCUGCUGGCCCAAAAUAUGAGUACCACUGGGCAGAUGGGACCAACAUAAAGAAACCAAUUAAGUGCUCUGCACCAAAGUACAUUGAUUACCUGAUGACUUAGGUCCAGGAUCAGCUGGAUGAUGAAACGCUAUUUCCUUCUAAAAUAGGUGUACCAUUCCCAAAGAAUUUCAUGUCAGUGGCAAAGACAAUUUUAAAGCGGCUCUUCAGAGUUUAUGCUCACAUUUAUCACCAGCACUUUGAUCCAGUGAUCCAACUACAAGAAGAGGCACACCUCAACACUUCUUUCAAGCACUUUAUAUUUUUUGUUCAGGAAUUCAACCUUAUUGAUAGAAGAGAACUUGCACCUCUUCAGGAACUGAUUGAAAAACUCACCUCUAAGGACAGAUAAAAGGAAAAGGAUUUCUUGAACUCACUUAUUUCUUUAAGCAACCGUGUGGUAUUUGGUUUUUGUUCAUUUGUUUUUAAAAAAAAAAACAAAACAACCCCCUGAGCUGUUACUUCAAACAGCCAAAUCCACUUUCUGUGCUUUUAUUCGGGAAAUAUUUUCUCUGUUAGUGACACGUGGUAAAUAGCUUUUUUUAAAAAAAUCUUAUUUUUCAUCAUUAUUAUUCAUUGUGGAAUUUUAGCAGGUGCUGAGUGUUUGCAAAGGAAAUGUGCUUGGUUAGGGGAUUGACUCUGCUGGUGGAUGGGUUCUGUAUUGUGUCAGUGGUAGCCCAUUCUUAUGAAGUCCCUAAAAGACUUGCUUACAUUCUCUAAGUGCCUUGGCAGACUCACUUCUGAGGUGCAAAGCACAUACAAUACUGAACAUUGCUGGAAACAGAAAAUACAAACUAACACCCAGGACACUUACUUGUUU